GCACAAUACGACUGGUUUGACUGCUGCUUGGGGUUUCUCGCUUGCACUCAUGCUCCAUUCGCGUCCAUUCGCGGUAGCCGACACAACCUAAGGGUCAGAUACGUAAAGGAAGCUCAGUUCGUGGCUGCAUAUAGGCCGCCAACAUGGACGAAAAGAAAAAUGCCUACACGAUCCUUGAGCUGCAGCCGGGCCCUGAGGUGGAUGAGGCUGCAAUCAAAAAGGCGUACCGCAAGCUUGCCAUACAAAAGCAUCCAGACAAGAACCGCGACAACCCGAAUGCAGCUGAGGAGUUUGCCGAGGUGGAGCAGGCCUACCGCCUGCUGCUGGACAAGCAGGCGCGCGGGGCGCUGGACGACCUGCUGCGGGCUCAGGCGCACCGUGCAGAGCGGGAGUCCAAGGUCAGCGACAAGCGGCGGAAGAUGAAGGAGGCGCUGGAGCGCAGGGAGCGGGCGGCUGCAAGCGAGCGCAGUGAGGAGGACAUUGCCCGGUCGCGCCUCAAGGUGGAGUUGGAGCGGUUGCGGCGCAAGGCCGAGGAGGAGGCGCUCAAGCAGCGGCAGCACGCGGCGGAGCUGCAGGCAGCCAUGGCCGCGCACCGGUCUGCAGCGGCUGCGGCGGCGGCGGCAGGAGGAGCGGGACCGGGGGUGCCCAGCACGUCGUACGGGUCAGACGGCGGCGGCGCUGGCGCCAAUGGCGAGCCGUCGGCUGCUGUGCAGGCGCAGCUGCGGCGAACGCUUAAGGUGACGUGGGACCCCACUCUGCGGGAGUACACCGGGGAGGAGCUGCGCUCCAUAUUCGGCGCCUUCGGGGGGCCCGUGCAGGACGUGGUGUUGCGCGACCGCAAGAAGAAGCGCAAGGCCACGGCGCUGGUGGUGCUGGCCAGCGAGGCCGCGGCCGCGCGCGCCGCCGGCUCCGUGUGCGGCGACGCCGCCGACCCCCUGCUGGUGGUGCCGCUGGUGGGAGACGUGCUGGUGGACAUUGAGGGCGGCGAUAAAUUGACGGGGCCGGAGGCGGGGAAGGCCGGGGCGCGGGUGGACGACGGGAGAGCGCACGCGAGCAACGGGGAGGCGGGCGGCGGCGCGGGGCCUGGGCCGCAGUCGACAGCGGGGUAUCCUGGAGGAGGAGGCGCGGCGUCGCUGCUGCAGCGGCCGGCGAGGCUGCCUGACCUACCGGCGGGGCGGCCGUUGUUUCCUGGCGCGGGGGGCGCGGCCAAGCCCGCAUUCCCCAUCUUUGGCGGGGCGGGGUCGGGCGCGGGAGGCGGCGCUGCGGCCGGGGGAGGGCUGUUUCCUUCGGCGGCGGCGGGGGCCCAAGCGUCCCGGUCGGCGUUUCCCGCUGGCGCGCCGAUGGGCGGCGCCCCAGCGUUCCCAAGCUGGCGCGGCGCGGCGCCGGCAAGCAGUGGACCGAGCGGUGCAGCGGCGGGUGGUGGCGGCGGAGGCGGCGGGAGUUUUGAGGACCAAGUGCUGGAGCGGAUGCGGAAGGCGGCGGCGGCAAAGCAGGCGGCAGCAGCAGCGGCAGCAGCAGCGGCGGCGGCGGCAGGAGUAGAAGUAGCUGGUGAUGGGGAAGGAGGCGAGGGCAUGGACAAGGGUAGCGGGUAGGAUAGGGUCAGAAGUUGUGCCGGUGUUGUGGUGGUGGCGUGAGAAGCCGGGAGGGCUGGACGCGCUGGGCCGUAAGAGUGAUCCCCAGAGCGAAAUGCCUAGCAACCGGACUCAGUAACAUCGUGACAUCCUGUUUUUUCUCAGCUGUUGCGACUUGGGUGUUGCGACUUGGGCUUUGGAGGAUCCCUCAGCUCGGC